CCAGCGAAACUACAAAAGCGGCUCUCUAUCUCCAGAGUCUCCUCCAUAGCUGAAGCUUCCGCGGAAAUGGAGCUCUGCAUCAGCUCCACAUCGCCCCUCAGUUCGAAUCCCUCUCGUUUUCUCGACUCCAUCUCCUGCAAGGCCUCGACCUCGCUCCCGACCUUAUCGCUUCAAUUCCAGCACGCAUCCUUCGGCCCCCGCAUUCUGUCGUCACCUCCGGCGCGAACCCACCGGCUUCGUCAGCCUCUCUCGUCGUCUCCUUCGAAUGGCCGCCGUUUCGCGGUCUCCGCGUCUUCCGUCGCCGUCGCCGCCGAGAAGGACCGGCUGCCGGCGGACAUCGAGGUCACGGAGGUCCAAGAACCGAACAGCAGAGUGAGAUUGAGUGUUGAAGUUCCACCUGUGGUAUGUGAAGAUUGUUACAGAAGGGUUAUCAAGGAGUUCAUGAAGCAAGCUAAGGUUCCUGGAUUUCGUCCUGGAAAGAAUGUCCCAGAGAGCAUUCUCUUAAGUUACAUAGGGAAGCAAAAUGUGCAGAAGGCUACUGUUGAGUCUAUAUUGAAGAGGACACUUCCCCACGCCAUGUCUUCGGUGUCCGGUCAAGCUCUGAAGGACUCAGUUCGCAUUGUGACAAAGUUUUCUGAGAUGGAGAAUACCUAUAUAUCUCUCGGUUCCCUCAGAUAUGAUGUCAUUGUUGAUGUGGCACCUGAAGUCAAGUGGAUUCCCGAAGAUGGAUACAAAAGCUUGAAAAUUGUUGUUGAAAUAGAUAGUGAAAUUGAUGCUCAGAGAGCAUGUCAACAAGAACUAAGACGGCGACACAAAUCAUUAGGCACGUUGAGGAUUAUAACUGACAGAGGACUCCAGAUUGGGGAUGUCGUUGUCUUGGAUAUAUCAGCAACAACAAUUGAUCAAGAUGAAUCCAAUGUUAAAAAUAUUCCUUCUGCAGAAAGUAAAGGGUUUCAUUUUGACACUGAAGAUGGUGACAAACUGAUACCCGGUUUCCUCGAUUCAAUAAUCGGCAUUCAGCGUGGUGAAACAAAGUCUUUCCCACUUUUCUUUCCUGAUAACUGGAAUCAAGAAAAUCUACGCGGUGUCCAUGCUCAAUUUACAGUUGAAUGCAAGGAGCUAUUUUAUAGAGAACUACCAGAGUUGGAUGAUUCGCUUGCUGAAAAGCUUCUUCCUGGAUGCACCAGCCUGAAGCAGGUCGAGGAUUCAUUGUUGCAAAGAUGCCUAGAAGUAGAGCAAACGGCUAAAGACCAAGCAACGGACAAUGCAAUACUUGACCAGCUUUCAAAGAUGGUAGAGAUUGAUAUCCCCCGUUCUUUAUUUGAAGAACAAGGGAGGCAGUUCUAUGGGGCCCAGCUUCUACAGAUACAGGCAAAUAUGAAGUUAAACGAACAGCAAUUGGCUUCUCUUUCAACCAAGGCAGUGAACGAGUAUUUGGAAAAUCAGAAGGAAAAUAUCACUCAUGUAAUUAAACAGAAUUUGGCAGUUGGAGAUAUUUUUAGACGUGAAAAUCUGCAGUUCUCCACUGACGAACUUGUCAAGGAGGUUGAGGAUUCAAUUGCUGAAUUUAAACGCCAUAAGCAGGAAUAUGAUGAAGAACGUGUGAGGGAACAGGUUCAGGAGAUUCUGGAGGGCGCAAAGGUGCUUGAGUGGUUGAAAGAACGAGCAGAAAUUAAUUACGUAACAAGGUGAGAAAGAGAGAGAUCGUGCAUGUAAUUUUUCGCUUUUCAAAUUUUGAAAACCACAUUAGUGUAGCAUCAGAAGUUCACGACUGCCAUUGUGCGGGUGCAACAAGCUGCCGAAGUGCUCUAAAAUAAGAGUAGCAGCUAUGAAGCUCGAAAUGAAUUAUGAGAUGACUCAAAUAAGAGAGUAUAAAUCGUUUCAGAAGAUUGUUAACAUAAGCGGAGACAAGGGGUAAGCCUUAGAUCUAAAACGGUCGAGUAGUAUCUGAUGGCAUUUUCAAUUA